AUGAAAAAUGCCGACGACAUGCUUAAGUCUAUUGUGAAGAAGCUUGACACGAGCGGCGAUGGCAAGAUACAAUACGAAGAGUUCCGAGUCUUCGUCGAAGCCGCUGAGCGCCAGCUCCUUCUCCUGUUCCGGUCUAUCGAUCGAGACCACGACGGCAAACUGAAUAGAGACGAACUUCGAUCUGCCUUCCAGCGGGCCGGACUCACUGUGCCGCUGCGUAGACUUGCUGGGUUCUUUGACGAGAUAGAUAUGAACAACGAUGGCUAUAUUAGCUUUGACGAAUGGCGGUAA